AUGACGACGGUCAAACUCACCAUCUCCGUGCCACUGGAGACUGUCCAAGCCAUCAAAGCCGCCGCCACCAAGGAGUCCGUGCUCGCCAACACUGACAUCUCUGCAGCCAGCACUGCAGCCGUGUUCGCCGCGGUCGAGGCGUCCGAGAACCUGGCUUACUACCCGAUGUCCACGGCUACACCGAUGACCUUUGUCAUCGCGAUCCGCAGCUCCAAGGGAGGAAGCUACCCACUGUGGAUCGCUCCUACCACCACGGUCCGCCAGCUCAAGGCGAUGAUCGCGCAGCGCAGCGGUCUCGCUCCGGAGCUGCAGCAGCUGGCAUACUACGACAAGCAGCUCGGCGAGUCGGCCGACGACGAGCACGGCGAGGACACCAAGUUGUACAAGGUAAAUUGAAUGGACACAUACUUUCUACAGACGUGGAAGCUGACUUGCGCCUCUACAGCAUGGCCUCCGCAGUGGAGAUGUGGUCCGUCUUGUCGUGAAAGACCGCGAGUCCUAG